CUCGUGUCUUUUCUCUCUUUACUUCCUCUCCCUACCUCUCUCCACCCAUCACCGCCAUAAGUGAUCCAUAAGGACCAUAGCCACCACUCUCCAAACACCCCCCCGGGCGCCGACCCACAGUCCAUUCCGAACAGCUUAGAUCCCCCUAACUCACAGUCUCUCAUAUUCGCGUUGGAGUAACGACUUCAGAGAAGCGACGAAGCCUGAGAUAAUAAUGGUGGAUGCAGCAAGACAGAAGGCCUUGUUUCGUGCUAAAUUGAAUGCGUCGAAGAAGGAGAAACGUAUUGAAGAUCCUCUUGUGAGGUACAAUGAAAAUGAUCAGCCUGUGUGUAGGGUUUGCGAUUUUGUUCUGAAAUCCGACUCCCACUGGCCAGCUCACCAAGCUUCUCGGAAACAUAACGAGGCAAUCAAUACUUACAGAGCUAAUGCUGCUGCUUUAAAUCGGGCUAACAAUGUAAAGCAGCUUGAGCCAUCUACUGAGCUGCCUAAACCUAAAGCUGAACGUCCUAUAUACUCGCAAAACAAUAAAACUGAAAAUUCCACUGGAUUGGCUAAGCCCCGGCCAUCCUCUGUUCUUCCUUCAGACUUUUUCAAUAAUCGUGAGGUAAAGAGGCAAAAAAAUGGAACUACUUCUGCUUUGUUAGGAGACCCUGAACCACACACAAAGUCGCAGGGUUUUGCUCAAUCUCAAGUGAUGGAGCUGUUUAACUCCGAGAACAAGACAAAUGGAUUAUCUAGUGUUAAUGUUAUGGAGCCAAAAAGUGAUGAAAUUCUGCCUGCCAUGGAGAAAACACAAACGUCAAACAUGAUUGUUGGCUCAGAAAGUAAGCAUAUCAAAGGCGCACUUCCUGAAGGCUUCUUUGAUGACAAAGAUUCUGAUCUUCGUGCACGUGGCAUUACGCCUAUCAAGCCAGAUGUCAAGACAUGUGUCUAUAAUUCAUUGAAAGUACUGCUGAUCAAUUCUUGGUAGUUGGUGGGAGUGAUGAUUGUGCAUUCCUCAAUGGCUAAUGGUGGUAUUGCAGUUAUGCGAGUGAUCAACUGUUCAACUAUUGAACUCAGUCCUCUGAAGUCUGAAAUAUAGAUGUGUUUGGUGUCAAAUGUCGCUUGUAAUGACAUAUUUGAAAGAUGAUUGAAGUAAUUUAAAAAUCGUAGAGUUGUAAUGAAAUAUUGUGCUAGUAACAUUAUUUCUAGCUAGGCAUAUUUUGUGGUUCAAUCUGAGGCAGACUGAAAUGGAUAUUCAUAUAUGUCUGAGACUGAUUGUGAUGAUGAGGUGGUGGAUGUGCCCUCGGAAGAACUAUAAUAUCAGGGCUCCAAAAGAGGGAAGGUCCCUGACUUCUUCUGUGUUUAUGUUGACUCCCUCAGUCGACUACUUGUGUGAUAAUUUUUCCAUUUUUAUUAUAUUUUAUCCCUAAACAAUUAAGUGGUUGGUAUAAUAAUUUUUUCCUCUUGAGUUAUAGUAUAUUCUAGCAGCUGCUUAUGUUUGAACUCAACACCUAGCAUUUGUUUUUAAGCAUAGUUGAACAUGUUCAUAUGAACUAUGCAGGGCCAGAAGCUGCCAAUUAUGUGUAGCGAAGACCUUAUUUUUAUUGUGAUAAUAAUUGAAUACACGUUUGGAGAAUUCAGCUGCCGUUAUUUCCGCAGAUAUUCAUUGUUAAGAACCAACAUAUUAAGCUAGACAUUUUUGAAUCGAUUAGUUGUUGUAGCUGUAUACAUCUUUGGUGGGACACUUUAGAUGCUUGUAUUCACGUGUGCAUCUAUCUGGCCAGAAGUUGCUUGCUUCAAUAAAUAAGUUCGAACUUCUAAUGCUUUAUUUUAUUGCCAAAGAAUCAUUUACAUAGAUUUACGUGAUUAUUAAGUAGGUGUUGAUAAGAUUUGAACUUGGCUUCCACUCUUUAGUAGUCUCACUUUUACAUCUUUACCCCUUACACAGAAUUUCAUGGGCCAGUUUCACCCAAAAAAGGUUUGUUGCAUUUGGGUUGUCUGCUGUUGCUUAUGAAGCCCAGAUCUUUCAGUUACACCUGAAGUGGGACUCAACCUACUCUUGUGCGACAGUAGCAUAUGCCCCAUCCAAUCCCUAGCUUCCUCACUAGGGAACCCACAGCUCUGCGAGGAACCUGUCCCCAGUGCCCAGGGGCCAGGGGCACAUGGCACAAUGCCAGGACCUUUAUGUGAAGUGUUUCCCACAUUUGGAUUCCUUUUCCCCUGCUUAUAAAAUCCAGAUCUUCCCGAUUCCGAUCUCAUGUGAGACUUAACACAUGCCAGAGUGACUGUGAUGAUCUAAGAUUUUAAUAGAAUAUAUGGCAAUAUUAAGACUUUGGUCCUCUACAAGGUAAAAAUUUGGAUUUGCUCUUGAGGUUAAUAAUUUUAUGUAUUUUCUCUUUCUUAUUUUUGUUUAAGUUGCUUUGAAGAUGAGUUUGAUUCAGAUUGAAUGCUAAAGCAGUCAGGACACACUUAACCACACAAAACCCAGUUUUUUACUCAUUCAUGUCCAAUUACCUAUUUACCUCAUGAAUAGGUUGUGUGAAAAUGAUGAACAUGUGAAGUUGUCACUUGUCGUGAGUUGUUGAUCAGGACCACCUCUCUCUCUGGUGCUAAUUAAACCAUUGAACUUGUUAUUUGCUGAUAUCACACAUUGGUAUUUUAAAGACUGCACUUUACAAACCCUAUGCACUGUAUGUCGUGGUCUAUUGCAGCUGUUGACAAUUAUGCCCGUUACCUUCUAUUUUUGGUCUGCUACACGGAACAAAUCAUAACCUUUGAUAUACGGCAAAAUCUUAUGUAGAGAUGAGUAUAAGGAAUUUGAAAAGUUGAUCCAGCAGGACUUGCAGGAGGUCGACAAUCGUUUGGAAGAAGAAGAGUUUGAUGCAGCUGAGACGAUAGAAGAGGCAGAGUCUGUGGAACAAGGGGCUUAUAAGGAGAGAGUUGAAAGGCUGAAGAGAAAGAAAAUGGAGCUUAAGGCUGCUAGGUCAGCCACCCAUAGCAGAGGUACUCGAGUCCUGGGCAAAGAAUCUAGCACUGAUGAAUCAUCAAGUGAUGACAUUAGUGAGGAGAAUUUUGCAGUUGAUUGGAGAGCUAAACAUCUUUAAACACACUAGAUAUUUGCUGGUAGUGCUUUCUCUCCAUCCCUUGUUUGUGGUGGUCUGUGGGCCUGCAAGCAAUCACAUUUGUAUGUAUACCGAUAGGCGAACCCCAGCUUUAAUUGAUGUCUUACGGAAUUUUGCAUUCUUGUAGCAUGAGGAACUGUUCUCUAGAAGAUGUUAACUGGCUCCAAUUAGGCACUCGUAUUUGGGCAUCAACUUUCCUCGGCUGAACUUACCCAAAAAAAAAAACUUUCCUCGGCUGAACUUCGUUUUAAUGCUCAAGGACUUUCAUGAGGGGUAGCAUCCUGUUCCUGGCAGAUGUGGCGUGCAAUGCAUCAGAAU